AUGUCACAAGGAGCACCAAUGACCCACAAGUUUGUAGUGGGCACACUAGCCAUUCUACUAGGAGGGUACGUCACUUACAAGACCGGGUCCGAUUUCCAAUUUGUCAAAUUUGAACCACAUUCAGCAGAGGAAAUAGCAAGGCGGAAAAGAGAGAAGGUGCCUACAAAGAUGGAAGUGUUGGAGAGCGCAACUUUGGAUUUGACUCCGGAAGCUAAGGAAAGAAUUGGGCGCAAGUUGUUGAUGGAACAAGAACGGAAACGGCAAUUGGAGCAGCAACAGCAGCUGCUGCAGCUGCUGCAGGACCUUGAUGCAAGGAAAUGA